AUGGAGUUUGAGGCGAACGUGAGCUGUAUCGAUUGUUCGCGAAACGGUCCAAAUGAAAGCAGCUUCGCGGCGCAGACCUCAUCAGCCGGUGUGACGACAGCGCUGGCCAGCGUGCUGAUAUUCACCAUCAUCGUUGACAUCCUGGGGAACCUACUCGUGAUUCUGUCGGUGUUUAGGAACAAGAAACUCAGAAAUGCGGGGAACAUAUUUGUUGUCAGCCUGUCUGUGGCGGACCUGGUGGUGGCUGUGUACCCCUACCCCCUGGUGCUCAUGGCCAUCUUCCACAACGACUGGACCAUGGGGGACCUGCACUGCCAGGUCAGCGGCUUCAUCAUGGGCCUCAGCGUCAUCGGCUCCAUCUUCAACAUCACAGCCAUCGCCAUUAACCGCUACUGCUACAUCUGCCACAGCCUGCAGUACGACCGCCUCUACAGCAUCAAGAACACAUGCUGCUACCUGUGCCUCACCUGGACGCUCACCGCGAUCGCCACCGUGCCAAAUUUCUUUGUGGGGUCCCUGCAGUACGACCCCCGUGUCUUCUCCUGCACAUUUGCCCAGACGGUCAGCUCGUACUAUACCAUCUCGGUGGUGGUCAUCCACUUCAUAAUACCUCUGCUGGUGGUGUCCUUCUGCUACCUGAGGAUUUGGGUUUUAGUCAUCCAGGUAAAGCAUCGGGUCAAACCGGACCACAAGCAGAAAGUGAAGCCCAGCGACCUUCGCAACUUUCUGACUAUGUUUGUGGUCUUUGUCUUGUUCGCAGUGUGCUGGGCCCCGCUGAACUUUAUCGGCCUAGCUGUGGCCAUCGACCCUGCCCGGGUGGCGCCCAUUAUCCCAGAGUGGCUCUUCGUCACCAGCUACUUCAUGGCCUACUUCAACAGCUGCCUCAAUGCUGUUGUGUACGGGCUGCUCAACCAAAACUUCCGCAAGGAAUACAAAAGAAUCCUUUUAGCCCUCUGUACUCCCAGAAUUCUGUUCAUGGACACCUCCAAGUGUGGGACAGAGGGUCUGAAGAGUAAACCGUCACCCGCAGUUACCAAUAACAAUCUGGCGGAAAUUAACUUGUGA